UUGUUGUUGGCUUUGUGUUGUUCGAGUAAAAUCAGCUUGCAGUUCAAUUUAUUCUACUCGUACUUCCAAGUUGUUCAGUUAAUUUCUACAUGUUAUUUGUUAUAUUUUGUCCGUUUCUUAGUUAGAUACAAGUGUUGUCCCAAUACAGUCAUACAAUUAGGUGCAAAGUUUAUCUCUCAGUCGCGGUACGUUGCGCGAAGGACAGCAGCUGAUUUUGUUUUGUGAAACGAAUAUUAUUGCUUGAAUGCAUAAUUUGCUCUAGUGUUGUUAUAUAAUUGAUUUAGUGAUAAGGAUUCAAUCAUGGCUAGGAACAUCCUACAGCUGUCGAAAUUUCCACGAGUUCUAUUGAACUCCUACCGUAACUAUUCCGAGGCAUCAGCGCAAUUCCCAAAAAUUACCACCCACUACACCUUGAACCCACGAGAAAAAGAUGAACGAUGGGCAGAAGUCGACAUGGAACGCUUCGCCGACGAAGCCGACCUUCUGAUUGUCGGAGGUGGUCCCGCCGGAUUUUCGGCCGCAAUCCGUGCCAAGCAGAUUGCCGCCGAGAAGGGCCAGGAACUUCGGGUGUGCCUAGUGGAAAAGGCAUCCGAAGUUGGCGGUCACAUUCUGUCCGGAGCAUGUCUGGAUCCAGUCGCUUUGAACGAGCUGGUUCCCGACUGGAAGGAGAAGGAAGCUCCGCUGAAUACGCCGGUUACCCACGAUCAGUUUUCGUAUCUGACCAAGAACGGUAAGCUGCCGAUUCCGAUAUUCCCUGGUUGGCCAAUGGACAACCGAGGAAACUACGUGGUUCGGUUGGGUCACGUGGUAGCAUGGCUUGGUCAGCAAGCGGAAGAACUUGGGGUUGAAAUUUAUCCGGGGACUGCAGCAGCGGAAGUCCUUUUCCAUGAAGAUGGUUCCGUGAAAGGAAUUGCCACGGGUGAUGUUGGCAUUUCUAAAUCUGGCGCACCGAAGGACACAUUCGCCCGAGGCAUGGAACUGCAUGCUAAGACUACCAUCUUUGCCGAGGGAUGUCGAGGUCACUUGUCAAAACAGCUGAUGGCCAAGUUCGGUCUCAAUGCCGAAAACGACCCUCAAACCUACGGAAUUGGUUUGAAGGAAGUUUGGGAAAUCAAACCGGAGAAUCAUAAACCAGGCUUGGUGGAGCAUACCAUUGGGUGGCCGCUGGAUAAGAACACCUAUGGCGGUUCUUUCCUGUACCACUUGAACGAACCGACUCCCCUCGUGGCGGUUGGUUUUGUCAUCGGGUUGGAUUACGUGAAUCCAUACAUUAGCCCGUUCCAGGAGUUCCAGCGGUUCAAAACUCAUCCCAAGGUGCGAACGGUUUUCGAAGGAGGCAACCGGAUUGCCUAUGGAGCACGUGCUUUGAAUGAAGGUGGCUUCCAAAGCCUUCCGAAGUUGACGUUCCCCGGCGGAUGCCUGGUCGGAUGUGCUGCCGGUUUCAUGAAUGUGCCCCGUGUGAAGGGAAGCCACUACGCCAUGAAGAGUGGAAUGUUGGCGGCUGAAAGUGCAUGCGAGGCGAUUUUGUCCGGUGCCACACAGGAAAAGACUGGACUGGAACCGAAGGAUUAUCCCGACAGAAUCAAGGAAUCGUACGUGUGGAAGGAUCUGUACAAAGUUCGGAAUGCUCGGCCAAGUUUCCACAAUGCCUUCGGACUGUUUGGUGGCGUUGCAUACAGUGGAUUCACUCUGCUGGUCGGAGGACGCGAACCGUGGACCCUGAGGCACGGUGCCCCCGAUCAUACCCGUCUGAAGCCGGCCAAGGACUUCAAACCGAUCGAAUACCCCAAACCGGACGGAAAGCUCACCUUCGAUCUGCUCUCUUCUGUGGCGCUCACUGGCACAAACCACGAAGGUGACCAGCCGGCUCAUUUGACCCUGAAGGAUGACACCGUUCCGGUGAAGAACAACCUGGCCAUUUACGACGGACCGGAGGCGCGGUUCUGUCCCGCCGGAGUGUACGAAUUCGUUCCGAACGAGGAGGGCGGCAACAUGAAGCUACAGAUCAACGCACAGAACUGCAUCCACUGCAAGACGUGCGACAUCAAAGACGUGACGCAGAACAUCAACUGGGUCGUUCCGGAGGGUGGCGGCGGUCCAGCCUACAACGGAAUGUAAUGGUGUGCAAUACCUACCUCUCCUUCUCUGGAAGCAUUUACCCCGAAGCCGUACCCGAAUUUUGUAACAUUAUACUAUUGUGUUAUUAGGAUAGCCAAAAUUUUGAGAUGUAAUGAUUUCUUUCCUACAUUUUUUCGGAAUAAACAUUGUCCGUCGAUGAGAA